GGGAAAGAAAAAUACGUUUUUUUAUCGAAUGCAACAGAAUUAGACGGAACACCUCAUAUCCCAUAUACAGUGUCUUAUUUCCGGGUCGUUAUCGUAGACUUAGAUCUGGAGGCUUCCUCAAGUAGUUUCAUAUUGAUAUCACAUAUUGUUUAACACCCUUGCAUCCUCCAAAUUCCUCCAAAUUCCUCUGUUGCUUUUUCUUCUCUGGCCUAUUUUACCAUCGUUCCAAUAUUUCCAGACACUGUUGUUACAAAAUUAGCCAUGAGUGGGACACAAACUGCGCAGAAAUCGCUACAGGACGCGCGUGUAGCGUCAGAAAUAUUCGAGCUGCGCCCGGAUUAUCGGGCCCUCUUGAUGGUUGUGGAGGGUAUUCCUCCAGGACCCAGCGACGACUCCAGCGAGGCCCUCUUACGAGAGGCUGAAAAUUGUGCCAAAGACCUGCUCUUGAAAUAUCCCAUCACUGAAUUUCCACAUAUCGCCGCAUGGCGGGAGACCUACAAGAGUUUCGGUGUUAAGCCGCAGAAGAACCGCAACAGUUUGGAAGCCUUGACACGUCGUGUAGAGAACGGUCUACCACGUAUCAAUCGUUUGACGGAUAUCUACAAUGCCAUUUCAGUCAAACACCAGAUCCCACUUGGCGGCGAGGACCUUGACAAAUACAAUGGAUCACCGUAUCUGACCCGGGCUAGCGGCAAGGAACCGUUUUCGACCUUUUCUGGAGGAGAACCUCAAACGGAACUCGCAGCACCAGGCGAACCUAUAUGGUGUGACAACACUGGCAUUACUUGCCGUCGAUGGAAUUGGAGACAGGGCCCACGAACUGCCCUGACUAACGAUACCACCCGUGUCCUAUUUAUUCUAGAUGCAUUGGAGCCUCUUUCAAAUGAUUCUCUUACCAGAGCUGCCGAUGAACUCGCGUCAGCAUUAAAACGUCUGUCUCCAGAAGUACAGGCAUCGUACCGAAUCAUUGGACCCCAAACUUCAACUGAAUGAUGCACCAUCGAAAAGAAGAAUGUAAUCAGUCUACCUUAAUUUAUCUCUCCAUUCUCGUUUCAUCGGCUUGGAUGCAGCGAUGCAAGAAGUCAUAUAGAGCCCACCUAUUUCACGGAAGAUAUUGUGGACCAAAGGAAAUAUGAAGUGGAUGGGCAUACCAUGCGAGCGUCUAUUCUUAUUUUCUUUCGGCAAGAUCAGCUAAUGAUAUGACAAAAAGCUAUCUCUUUGAUAUUGUAUCAUUCAAGAUAUUAUAUUUCUCUCAUACUCCCAGCCAUCACUGUACAAUUGAUUUGAAUGCCUGCAACAAAUCAUUUUUCAAAUCCUCCCAAUGUUCUAACCCAACACUGAC